UCUUUCAUUGGCUUUGGCUAAAAUACGAGUGAUAUUUCGAAUUCGACGACAGGCCAAAAGAACUCACAACUAACGAUGACAGGCAAACUCCUUGUGGCGACGAUCCUGUGCCUGAUGGGCGGCAGUGUGAUGGGCGAUGCGAUCCUGGAGGGCAACUACAAUGUGACUGCCUUCUGCACCUGCGUGAAGACCGGCACCCAGUUGGGCAGCAUCGAGUCCUGCCAGUCGUACUACGUCUGCCAGUCGACUGGUCCCGUGAAGGCCGAAUGCCAGACAGGUUACUCCUACGAUUACAAGAGGAGCGGAUGCUAUCCCUCCAGCCAGGUGGAGUGCUAUUGGGGCGUCAACGAGCCCUGUGCCGGCAAGACCAAUGUCUUUGUGCCCAACACCGCCGUCUGCGGCGGCUACUACUGGUGCUCCAACGGGGUCAGCUCGAAGGCCAAGACCUGCGCUACCGGCCAGGUGUUCAACAACGAUCAGCAGGCCUGCAUUUGGGGAUCCUGCCCGAGUACGACGGACUCCAGCAACGAAACCGUUCUGACCAACCUCUGCGAUGUGGUGCCACCUGGCCAGUACUUCGGCGACACGUCUAACUGCUCCAUCUGGUACAACUGCAAGUCCAACUCCUCCGGCGUUUACCUCGAGAAGGGUGAAUGCUCCACCGACAAACAGACUGCCUUUAAUCCUUCUGCCCAGAACUGCGAUUACACUACAACAUCCAACAUCUGCAGCCGAGUGACCGGAGUUCCAUUGAGUGAGACCGCCGCCACCUGCACAUCUGGCACCCAGCAGCCAGAUGCCAACGUUUGCGGCCAAUACCAAGUGUGCGUGAACAGCAAGUGGACGACCGUGGUCUGCAACACCGGCUACUACUACGAUGUGGACACCAAGGCAUGCGUGCUCCGCCAGCUGGCGACGCCGGUGUCCACCUGCAAUCGUUGCCAGGGCGCCCAGGGCUCAUUCGUCAACGCCGUCGAUUCGAAGGAUUGCAGCACUUACUAUUGGUGCAGCGCCACCGGUGUGGCCUCCCAAGUGGAGUCCUGCACGGAGGAUCGCUUCUUCAACGAGGACAGGCAGGGAUGUGUCCCCGACAGCGACCUGUCGGGAUACGUUCCCACCCAUGGAGCCUGCAAGGGAGCCUCCGUCACUGAUGAUGACUCCACCGACUCCACCGAUGAAGCGGAGGCCACCACCGAAGCCGGUUCGGGAUAGAUGUCCUUCGGGGAUUCGGAAAUCGAACGGAACUCGCCAGCAGACACGAUCCCAUGUAGCUACCAUCUAGUAUUCAGCUUAUGAAAAAGGCAAUAAAAUGUAUGUUUGCAAGCCAAGCCAUAUGUUUUCCAACCACAAUCCUCUAUAAUAAUAAUUCUUGGAAUUAUGUUAUUACCAUAUAGUAUUCAGUUUUGUUCAAAGAGGCAAUAAAACUAU